GGGAAGAAUGUGAUCUGUGAGAAAGCUGCUACCUCUGUGGAUGCCUUCAGGAUGGUCACAGCUGCCAGGUAUUACCCGAAGCUGAUGAGCAUCGUUGGCAACGUUCUCCGUUUCUUGCCUGCCUUUGUGAAGAUGAAGCAGUUGAUAGAAGAACACUAUGUGGGCAAUGUGAUGAUCUGCGACGUACGAGUCUAUGGGGGAAGCCUGCUCAGCCACAAGUACAACUGGAUCUGCGAUGAGCUGAUGGGGGGAGGUGGUCUGCAUACAAUGGGCACCUACAUUAUCGACCUCCUAACUCACCUCAUUAGCAGGAGAGCAGAGAAGGUCCAUGGUUUGCUCAAGACUUUUGUGAAGCAGAACACAGCUAUAAGCGGGAUCCGCCACGUCACUAGCGAUGACUUCUGCUUUUUUCAGAUGCUAAUGAGCGAGGGUGUCUGUUGCACUGUGACUCUCAACUUCAACAUGCCUGGAUCAUUCCUCCAUGAAGUCAUGGUUGUUGGGUCUACUGGUCGCCUCAUAGCUCGUGGGACGGACUUGUAUGGGCAGAAAAACACUGCGCUCCAAGAAGAACUACUGUUUACAGACUCUCUGACUGUCAACAAGGGCCUUUUAGAUAAGGGGUUUAAAGACAUCCCGCUGCUGUACCUGAAAGGAAUGGUGUACAUGGUGCAAGCCCUGCGGCAGUCUUUCCAAGACCAGGAAGACCGUCGGACGUGGGAUCAUAAACCUGUCUCCAUGGCAGCCUCUUUUGAAGAUGGUCUGUACAUGCAAAGUGUAGUAGAGGCCAUCAAGAAGUCCAGCAGGUCAGGGGAGUGGGAGGCUGUGGAGGUGAUGACCGAGGAACCAGAUGCCAAUCAAAACCUCUGCGAGGCGCUUCAAAGAAAUAACUUAUGAACGUUCCUGCUUUGGAAAAUAGGACGGUUAACAGGUCUGGCUACAAUGCAAAAAACCUCUCCGUUUUUAAGAUACGUAGAUUCUUAUUUAAUAACUUGAGUUCCUUGGGUUUUUUUAAACGUGUAAAAUAUGUCGUGUUCUGAUAGAAACUGUUCGGAUUGAAAUCGUUUAAAGAGUUUUAAAUGUUUCCGUUUUUUUGCAAACGGUUAAUUUUUGUCUUGGAGACUGGUAGGAAAACUUGAAUUGCCCUUUGCACUUGCAGUGGCUGAAGUGAAGGCUGGGACCUCUGCCAUUGCCUGGCUUGGAAAGGGACACAACCCCUGUUGCACAGGUCGCUUAUUUUAACAAUUUUGACGUGAGAGCGCAUAGAGCAAGAUCAGGGAGUAUUUGGUGUUCAGAUGCCUUUUCCUUCUCUCUUGGAGACUGAUUAAGUUUUACUCCUUGGUUUGUGAGAUUUUUGUACCACAGUUUGGUGAUGUAACAGAUCUCU